AUGGCAGAGGAGACUAAGGAGACCUUUGAAGAGGCUCUUCCGACAACUGAUUUGAUCGUCGACUGGGACGGAGAUGAUGACCCUGCGAAUCCUAUGAACUGGCCGUCUCGGCGCAAGGCCAUUAAUAUCGCUCUGCUUUCGUGUUUGACUUUUGUCACCCCGCUCGCAUCCUCCAUGUUCGCACCAGGAAUCCCAAAAGUAAUGAAUGAUUUCAACAGCUCCAGCGUCAUUCUGGCGUCAUUUGUGGUCUCUGUGUAUCUGAUCGGAUACGCAUUUGGUCCUCUCGUCUGUGCUCCCAUGUCGGAAAUCUACGGCCGGUGGCCUGUCUACCAGAUCACAAACGUCCUGUUCAUCAUCUUCACCAUCGCUUGUGCGGUGGCACCAUCGCUGGACAGUCUCAUCGGCUUCCGAUUUCUGGCAGGGUCCGCCGGGUCUGCACCCCUGGUGCUGGGUGGAGGAAGUGUGGCAGAUCUGUAUGCGAGAGAACAGAGAGGUUCGAAGAUGGCGAUAUUUGCGAUGGGUCCGUUAAUUGGUCCAGUAGCAGGACCGGUUGCAGGUGCCUUUCUGUCUCAGAACGCCGGUUGGCGUUGGGUUUUCUGGGUCAUUAGCAUGGCAGCUGGGAUGGUAACGGUGUUGUGUUUGCUGUUCAUGAAGGAGUCGUAUGCUCCAGUUCUUCUCGAGAGAAAAGCUGCCAAGCUCCGAAAAUCGACUGGCAAUUUGCAAUACAGGUCGAAGAUGUCGACGGCAGAUUCUCCUCGAACGGCGCUUGCAAAGGCCCUGAUCCGCCCGACCAAGAUGUUCUGCAUGUCCCCGAUUGUCUUUAUAUUUGUCAUCUACGUCUCCAUCAUUUACGGCUACCUCUACCUCCUCUUCACCACAAUUACCGAGGUCUACGAGAGUAUAUACGGCUUCUCAACAGGCCUUGCGGGCCUGUCGUUCCUAGGUAUCGGUGUUGGCAUGUUCAUAGGUUUGGUGUUGUUCGGCGCUACAAGUGACAAGCGCAUACAGAAGAAAAAAGAGAAAGGCGAUGUGUCGCCAGAAGUCAGGCUUGAAGGCUUGAUUCCGGCUGCAAUCUGCAUCCCAAUUGGGCUGUUUUGGUACGGAUGGUCCACGGACAAGCAGAUCCAUUGGAUCAUGCCUAUCAUUGGGACGGGCUGGGUCGGACUUGGGCUAAUGGGCAUUUUCAUGGCCGUCCAAACGUACCUCGUCGACUGCUAUCCGCUCUUUGCUGCGAGUGUCACAGCAGCGAAUACCGUCGUUCGUUCACUUACUGGAGCCCUGCUCCCGCUCGCGGGACGGCCAUUAUACUCCGGCCUUGGACUGGGCUGGGGAAACAGCGUGCUGGGAUUCAUCGCGCUUGCAAUGGUCCCUUUGCCAUUUGUUUUCAUGAGAUACGGUGCCCGGCUGAGAACCCAUCCGCGAUUUCAAGUCAGCUUUUGA